AUGUCUCCCCUCCCGCGUUGCUUCUUCGACAUGAGCGUCGGCGGUACCCCCGUCGGCCGCAUCACGUUCGAGCUCCGCGUCGACGUGGCGCCGCGAACCUGCGAGAACUUCAGGGCGCUGUGCACCGGGGAGAUGGGCAAAGGGAGAUCCGGCAAGCCGCUGCACUACAAGGGCAGCGUCUUCCACCGCGUCAUCCCGAACUUCAUGUGCCAGGCGGGUGACUUCACCCGCGGCGACGGCACGGGCGGCGAGUCCAUUUACGGCGAGAAGUUCGCGGACGAGAACUUCAGGCUCAGGCACACCGGCCCCGGCGUCCUCUCCAUGGCCAACGCGGGUCCCAACACCAACGGCUCGCAGUUCUUCAUCUGCACCGCAAAGACCGACUGGCUCGACGGCAAGCACGUCGUCUUCGGCCAGGUCGUGGAGGGCAUGGACGUGGUGCAACGCAUCGAAUCGCACGGCAGCAAAUCGGGAAAGACGUCCAAGGAGGUUCGCGUCAUGGACUGCGGCGAGAUCUCGGCGGAGCUCAUCGACGGAGUCUCCGACACCGCCAAGGAGGUCAUGCGCAGGCAACGGGAGGAGGAGAGGGCCGCGGCGCUCAAGUCGAUGCUGCCGGGCCAAGAAGACCCGGACGCGGCUUCGGCUCGACGCCUUCGCGAGAUGAUGGAGGAGAACAAGGCCAGGUUCGGGCGGGGAUACGGAUCGUCGUCGUCGUACGAUAAGAAGGGAGACGAACCGCCGGUGAGGGGCAGCGGGAUGGCGGCGCUGGCCAGCGCGCACUUCGAGAAGCCCGCGAGGGGCCCGGACACAGGGGGGGACACGGCUGGCGGCGGCGGCGGCGGGGUCAACGACGCGCCUCCCACCGCGGUUGGCGCGGCGACCACCUUCGAUCCCACCGGCGGCCACGCGAGCGAGGACGCGUCCGACGCCGCCCCCGCCCCCGACAAGCCCCUCAAUCCGGCGCAGCGCAGGCUGUUCGAGCUGCGUUUGAAGCUCAACGAGGCGCGCAAGGCUAACCAGCGCGAGGCUAUCGAGGAGAAGAAGCGGAGAGAGGCUCCGGAGGAUUUCGAGCGAGAACAGAAGAAGAAGGCGUACGAGGGCAAGAAGGCGCGGCGCGAGGAGAUCAUGGAGAUUCGCGGCAUGGACCCGAAAAAACGCGAGCUCACGCAGACGAUCGAGCAGGCGCAGGAGCUGUACAAGCGCUGGGACAAGAAAAAGUCUAAUUCGGCGAAGGGCGGCGAGGUGUUCAGCAAGCACAACCUGUACAACGCGUACGAAAAGCGAACCGCUCACGUGACGGUCGACAUGGACGAAUACGAGCGCGACAAGCGAGCCAUGGGCGCGGCGUUCUACGCGGACGCGGACGAGUACGUGCACGGCGUCACCGGGGCGGACGUGCCGCAGGAUAAGAUCGAUCGCAUGGCGGCGGAGCUCGAGGCGCAGAAGCAGAAGCGCGCAAACUUUUCCCGCAGAAGAACGCACAGAGACGACGCCGACGUCACGCACAUCAACGAACGGAACGAGCACUUCAACCGGAAGAUCGAGCGCGCGUUCGGGGAGCACACGCGGGAGAUCAAGGCUAACCUCGAGCGCGGAACCGCGCUGCCGGAUCAUUGACGUUAUUGACGCGCUUCUCGUGACUAUAUAUAUGCGGGUGAGUCCGCGAAGAACGUCCGCCGCGGAUUGUACGACGCUCGGAUUUUCAUCCUCCAAACGUUUGGUUUUUUUUCUCUUCCGAACCGCCAUUGGCCGAGCCUCGCUGGCUGAGCUCCCUUGCAGCGAGGUGGUAUUCCGGGAAAGGUUAAACGAACCGGCGCCUUCGGGCGAGUGGCGCAGACGAAUCGGGCGUCCAUCAGAACGGCGGGCGGAAUGAUAGCCUCGCCGUUUACAGUCGCCCCAAAACAAAAACACCCGCGGAGCUUACUGUACCGUUUGAUCUCAACCCCGGCUCGCGACCGACUCGACACGAUCGCCGCUCACCCCGAUUCCCCAACCCUCGCCAUCAGGCACAUCCAAUCCUCGCGCGAGUCGAGUUGUUCGUCAAGUUAAGAUGGCCCACGUACGUGUGAUGAGGGUUAAGAUUACGUCCACGUCACAACACGCGUCUCUUCGCUGCGACGAGCAUGCGCCCUUCUCUCGUCAAAUCUUCUCUCGUUCCCUCUCCAGCUUCUCCAGUUCCUCCUCCGCCCGCGCCUUCUCGUCCGCCUCGGCCUGCAACACACCGCGAAUCUCCGCCCACAGCGAGUCCGCGGUCCACACCUCGUCGGGAUCCUCCGCAAA